AGAGCUGAGCUGCUGCUCGAGGGAAAUCCCGAAAACAUGACCUGAAAGGAGCGGAUCCCCCAAAGAAAGUGACUUGAUGAGUGUAACUUAGUUUAAUGCUUCAGACACGGGCUACUUUCAGCUGCUUCCAAAGUCAAAAUUUCCUUUUUUACGUGCACCUGUAUGCAGCACCACAUCGUGGCAGCAGCAUGUUGCGUGUUUGUUAUUUCGCACUGUUUCCAGUUUAAAACACAGCUGUAGCUUUUCUACUGUGAGCCAACGCGUUGUUCACUGUAGGUAAAGCCUGCUGUAACGACUGAUGAACGGGACUGUCAGAGAGUCUAUUCAGAGUGGGAGGUUCUGUUUAUGUGGUGUGUUCAAGAGUUUCGGGUUAACACGAAUCUGGGAGAGUCGCCGUUACAUCCGUUAUUUGUCUUGUUGACUGAAAUCGCAGACACAGAGUUCCAGUGGCGCAAAAUGUCUGCAGGAACUUCCCGAUGUCAGAACAUCUGAAACAUGUUUUAAGUUUGGUUCUCAUUUUGUUUGACCCUCACAGCUCGGAUUGUGACCGAAGUCCAUUCCUCCUGUCUGAUCUUCGCGUAAUUCGGACUGUGGGGCAGCGAGUAACCUUGAUGUUUGCAGUUUCAGCGCUGUAGCGCUCAGCUGCAAAAACGACAGCGCCGAUCAAGCAGCGCAUGUAAUGGCUCAUAAUCUGUCACGUGUCGAACACGUCACCCACCCUCACCCAAAAAAGGAAAACAAAAACACUUAUUCGUUUCCAAAAUAAACAUCAGCUGUUCAGUUUUUCCUCACAAAUGUUGUCCGUUGCGGUUUUCCUGUGUUUGCUGGUGAUCCUGGUUUCCGGAUUAAAAGAGCUCAUUGUGAAUCCUGGACAAGAUGCCCCUCUUCAGUGUCAGGGUCCCAGAGAUGCAGAGAUCACCCUGUUGAAGUGGAACAGAGCUGACCUCAAAUCAGAUGAUUAUGUCUUCUUGUACAGAAACCAGCGCCCAUAUGAAAACUACCAACAUGAGUCCUUCAAAGGCCGAGUGAACCUGAUGGAUCCGUCCAUGAAGGAUGGAAAUGUUUCAGUGACGCUGAGGAACGUCAAGCUCACCGAUACAGGAACGUACAAGGGUCAGAUUACAACCAAGGAAACAGAAAGUGUCGUCCAUGAGUGCUCCAUCAGCCUCAAAGUCACAACCUCAGAUAAACACACCAAGGAGUCCCAGGCUGAGUCCAAGGAUGGAGGAGAGAAGGAUAAGUGUCUGUCUGUCAUCAUCCCUGUCCUCUUAUCUGGAGUGGGUUAUGGGAGCCCCAGCCUGAGCAGAGAAGGCCAGACCUCCUUCUCACCAGCCACUUCCUCCAUGUUGUCCUGGAGCCUCCUCUCAGUGGAAAAAUGAAACGAGUAGGUGUUGUUUUUGUUUGGGUGGGGGGGCUGUUUUGAGAGAGACCAACAGAAUCAGCAUUAACAUGUAAUAUAAGCUAUAUAUAUCCCAGCGCAUGUGGGCAGAGGUGGAGGCAUGCAGUGCAUCUAUUGUAGCAAGACUGUGAACAUGUUAAAUCCUAAGUAUACUACUGAAUAAGCUCCUUAUUACCUUCUUUAAGCACUUUAUUUUGCACUUUAAAAAAAACAUUUGUUUUUUAAUCAACUGCAGGCACUUUCCUCCUUUUUGCUGAGACCGUAUCAGUGGUUUCCAUUCAGAUGACCUCACAUUUAAGAUCACUGGCUCAGGCAUCCCUGGACUGUUUUCAGCACAGCUGCAGUUUUAAGAUCUCAGCAGACAUCCUAUGUAGGAGCCAUAUGAGUUGUUUCCGUCUGACUAAAUGGGUUGGUUUAAAUGGACUCACUGUAUUGGUGCAUGGGUGUGGGGCGUGUCUCAUGGGUGUGGUAUAAGGUGAAGGUGGUUGCACUCACUUGUACACAGCACCUGAUGUGAUGAGCAGAAGGUAGGGUGAGCACGAGGCAAAACUUUCUGUUGACCGCAAUAGAACGCAAUAGAACGCAACAGAGCACAACUUGAGCGUAACUUGAAUGAUUUUGUUGUAUUUUAACUGGAACUUGAUGGUGUUUGUAUAUUGGAGUACUAAUUAAUGCCAUAAACCAGGUUGUAAUUGGACAUAAUGGUUAGUACAGUUAUCGACGAGUUGCAGUUAUUUGUUUGUGCAAUCUGUGCGUUUGUUUGAUAGUUAAUCCUAUGUGCCGAUGUAUAUAUUGGACGGUUGCAUGUGUAAAUAAAGAAGCAAAUGUUACAGAAGUGUUUUGUGCGUUAAUUGUUGCGCGUCAUCAGGUGUCCUCAUGUUUAGCCUGCUGCGGCCAUUGGUUGGAGUAGCCGCAACAUCCUAUUAUGUCCUCUUGUACUUGUGUCUCUGUGAUCAAUCGUCUUAAAUGAGUCAGAACUCGGACCUUUCAAAUCAUUUUCACUUUUGGGAAGUGGACAACGUCACGGGGAGGCUAGUGUGGUGAAUAGGGUGGUGAUCAAAGAUUUCACUCAGUAGACUUUAAUGUACCGAGAGACAGUACAGAGCGGGUCAGACACCUCCUACAAUUUGUGUUUAAAACUGACUUGAAUUUCAUUCCUGAGCAGUUUUCUGAUGAAGACAUUCAAAGACUGGUGGCAGGUCUAAAAACAGCAGCUGCACCUAAAACAGUCCAGAGGUUUCUGAUUUUUUUAUUAGUCUGUUCUUUGGUUUAUAAAGAAUGUACUUUUAUUAUAUAUGUGUAUUAAAGUUAUCUGUUAGUCAGUGUUAGGGGACCAUGAUCAGCUGUGACCAUUGUUUAUCGUGCUUCAGUUUGUUUUUAAUGCGCAGCAUAUAAUCCUGACAAAUAUACAACACAACAGGCACUGAGUGAUGAGUCAAAUACAUUUUAAAUAAGCAAUUCAUAUAAUGGAAAUCUAUCAGUGCAAUGAUUGGAUAAAAUCUGUUAAAGAAACUGAGCAGGAGUAGGAGAGAGCAGGACUUUACUCCACAUCAGGAGGAAACAAGACUCUGUGUUUGUACAUGUCAGAUGGAUGACAUACAUAAGCUAUAAAGUGCUGUGAUUACGUCAUUAUUAAAAUUUGCAGUGUUCCUUGUUUUCUUUAUUUUAUAUUAACCGUUUUUGUGAAUGUUCUGACUACACACAUCUGACUUCAUCUAGAAGGCUGAAGGAUGUGUGUGUUGGUUUUCAUGUGAGGCCUUUUAUUUUGUCUCUGAAGUAGUAAGUGGGGGCAGGCCCCAUGAUCGGAAGGUCGGGGGUUCGAAUCCACUGAACGGCUGAGCUGAGGUACCCUGAGCAAGGAGGUGUAGAUGAUGCUUCACAAAUAACGACCAGUGUUUCCUGAUGGCUGCAGAGCAUGGAGAUAUGCUGUCGUCCUGCAGCUGUGGUGCCAGAGACGAGUCCAUCCUGUGGAGAUGAAAGCUUAGUUUAACUUUGUCGUGUUGCAAAUCACAUCAAGUUUCACCUGGAUGAGAAAACAGUCUUGGAGUCAUAACUGGUUAUGGUGAUCUUAGACUAGUUAUUUUUCCUCCCACCUCCUUAGAUCACCAUGACCUGCAUGACUGAAAACCUACACAGACUUAUUGUUUUUAUUGAUGUUUUUGACUCACUGUCAGUGGAUCAUGAGUUCUGUUUAAAGGAUCAAGGGUCAACACUCCCUCCUCACAUCCAGCUGUGGCCCUGCCACCCUCAGAGCUCUGUGCAGACCCCAAUUUAAAAAUAAAUUGUCCCUAAAUGUCUGUUUUCAUCCGUCCUUUUAACAGGAGCUGUUUUAAAAUUUUCCUCCUUUUAGCUCAAAGUGGUAAAUCUGUACCUAAGAUGCAUGCAGCUCUUGGACACUUUGUGUCAACAACUAGAAGCCUUUGGUGAAACUUACAGACUAGCCGGUCCUUACUUUUACAGGUAGUCGGAGCUGAUCAUGUUUUUUUUUUUUCUCUGUAAUCACAUCGGAACCCACAAAAGUCUUUGUGUGGCUAAAACAAAAUAAGACUGUUUGUAUCACAGUAAACUAGACAUAUAGACACUAUUACUGACCAUUACUGACAAAAUGAUUUGAAAACUGUGGAGAUCGGUUUCUGUUUUACAUGCUUUCCGUGUCUGUUUAUCUCUCCAUCAGAAAAUGUUUCACUCAUCUCCACAGUUUUUAAGUCCUGAGCAGCAGAACAGCUGCACGCCUUGAACAUCUGUUUUCUCCUCCUGAGACUUAAAAUAUGAGCAAACAAAUAGGCCGUGAAAGGAGGACUGAUGGUGGAGGAGUGGCUGUGAUCAUCAAGUGUUCUUGAGGAGAAAGAAGAUGUGCUGCCACCUGCUGGCUGUAGUUUGUAACUGAAAUUGUGAUAAAACGAUGACAUAGAUCAUUUCUUUAGGUUUAACUUUGAUUUGGUAUAUAAUGGUCCCUACUUCCUGUUAUAUUUUGAAGAUUAGUCUCCUGUUGUGUUUCUGUUUACUGCAUUUACUAUUUCAUUCCUCACCAAAAACCACUGUGAGCCUUUCAUGCUGAAGGAUGUCUUGAUUCUAAAAAUGCAUCGUGAGGAUUGCGAAGCUCCAGGAGGAGCUGUAAUGUUGUUUAUAUUGUUUAAAAGGCUUGUAAUUACUGAGAAUAUUUUAUUAUAUGAAUAUAUUAUGAUCUAAAUAUUUAAAUCAUAUAUGAAUGUAUUGUUUGUAGCAUAUAUGCAUGAAGAUCACUGGACUGUAAUAAUUUAUAAUGUACAAGUGAAGCUGAAUUGUUUUGUGUCUGCAACAGUGUGUAACUUGAGUGAUGCAACAGUAAAUAUAAAUAUUA